AUGGCUGAUGCAGGGGGCAUCGGGAAAGUUGCUUUGAUCACUGGAUCCACAUCCUGCGACAGUAUUGGUUAUACGAUUGCAAGGAUUCUGGCUAGAAAGGGAUAUGAUAUUAUUCUACAUGGGAGGCGAGCUGAGGCGGACAUUGAACCUCUCAGAGAACUGUUGCAAAGAGAGUUCCACGUGAAAUGUCAUUAUCUAACUGCCGAUUUACUUCAGCGAUCUGAAAUUGAGAAUCUGUGUGAAAAGAAAAUCGAGGCUUUAUAUCCAGAUGGAGUUGAUAUUCUCGUUAACAACGCAGGCUGCGGUGUACAUGCUCCACUAGAGAGCUUUCCAGUUGAUAAGUGGGAUGAAAUAAUCCAGCUCAAUUUAACAGCACCGUUUGACUUGGUACGUCUGACUGUUGGUGCCAUGAAAAAGAAAGUGACUACAAAGAAUAUGAAAAUAAAAGCUGAAAUAGAGGGGAUAUCUUUAGAGGAAAGUGAAGCAAUUUUUUUGAAAACAAGAAAUCCAUCCGGCCAGUUUGUAACUGUUGAGCAGAUUGCAGAAGUGGCAGCUUUUCUUUGCACACCAGCAGCAGACCAAAUUACUGGUGCAAGUAUACCGGUGGAUGCGGGCAAGUGGGCCGAGUAA